AUGAUAUCUUUGCGUAUCCGACUUGUAAACCCCACUACAAUAUCACGGCAUUACUCUAAAUUUACUUUAAAGAAGAAGAAGACGAAGAAGCAGGGAAAUAUCAUUGAAACCACAUCAGUUCAGCCUACUAGCCCAGCAAGAACAAGAUUUGCUCCUUCACCCACGGGCUAUUUACAUCUUGGAUCAUUAAGAACAGCGUUAUAUAACUAUUUGCUUGCUAAGAGUACUGGAGGACAGUUUCUUUUACGAUUGGAAGACACAGACCAAAACCGUCUUGUGGAAGAUGCAGAACAAAACAUCUAUGAUAGUUUGAAAUGGACAGGAUUGACCAUUGAUGAAGGACCUCAAGAAGGUGGACCUUAUGGACCUUAUAGACAAUCUGACAGGAAAGAGAUUUAUCAGAAAUAUGCACAGAUGUUACUUGAGAAUGGGCAGGCUUAUUAUUGUGGAUGCUCCAAAGAUCGAUUACUAAAGUUAAGAGAAUCUGCUAGUAAGCUUCAACCUCCAACAACAGUAACUUAUGAUAGGAAAUGUCUACAUGAACUAAUUCAUACUGACGAAGACCAUGACCAUGUGAUCAGGUUUAAGUCCCCUGAUGUAUACCCCGAGUUUACUGAUCUAUUACAUGGGAAACUUAACAUGCAACCUCAAUAUAACCAUUCGGAUCGUCGAUAUGAUGACUUCGUGAUCAUGAAAUCAGAUGGGUUACCAACGUACCAUUUUGCCAAUGUUGUUGAUGACCACCUUAUGAAGAUAACUCAUGUCAUCCGAGGUGAAGAAUGGUUGCCUUCUACUCCCAAACAUAUUUCAUUGUAUAAGGCAUUUGGAUGGUCACCUCCCCAGUAUAUCCAUAUCCCAUUACUUACUUCAUUAGAAGAUAAGAAGCUAUCCAAACGUCAAGGGGAUAUAGGGAUUCUUAGUAUGAAGGAGAAGGGCAUCUUACCAGAAGCACUUGUAAAUUUCGUUUCCUUAUUUGGAUGGUCACCUCCUCGGAUCCAACAAGGUGUAUCUUCAAAUGAGACCAUGUCAUUAACGGAGAUAGUGCAGAAAUUCUCAUUGGAUAACUUAACUAAGGGGAACGCCAAAGUUAAUGAUUCAAAGUUAUAUUUCUUCAACAAGUAUCAUUUACAUAAACGGUUAAACGAUCCACAACAAUUACUGUUAAUAGUAGAGCAAUAUUUACCCAAGUUCCAAGCAAUCUUGGGUGAGCAAUCGAUAAUAUCAUCUGAAAGAUUAGAGUACCUAUUGAAAUUGUUGGGUCCUAGUUUAACUACUGUUGAUGACUUAUUGACUACCCAUUCGUAUCUAUUUGAAUUGAAGACUCCCCCCCCAGACACGCCACCACCGAAGCACUGCUCAGAAAUCAUCUCCAUGUUCUUACAGUCUUCUUCCACUGACUUUAAUACUAACUGUAAGGAAAUCCUAGACUCAAACCCUGAACUCACCAAAAAGGAAAUCUUUCAAGCUGUACGGUAUGGACUAUCAGGUGGAGUCUCAGGGGUAACCAUUCCCGUAUUGAUUGACAUUUUAGGUGAAGAAGAAUACAGGAGAAGACUAAACGCUUGUAUAUAG